GCCCACCCUCAUCACGUGGCCGGAUGUAUUUCGGCGGAGAAACAGGAAGCGUUACCGCAGGGAGAGCGAGGGAGGUGGAGUGGGGUUCUUGAAUGAAACGGGCAGGCCGUGAAAACGCUGCCAUCUCUCAAAUCAGGACCGCACUGGCCACGGCUGGGAUGUGGGUGGCAUCAUGAGUGUGAAAGCUUUUGAGCUGGUUCCCGCCGUGGAGCGGGAGCAAGUGAUGGGUGAAAAGGUUCGGAUAAACAUUGAGUGCAUAGAGUGCUGCGGCAAACACCUGUACCUUGGCACCAAUGACUGCUUCAUUCAUCACUUCCUACUAGAGGAGCACACUACAGCCAAAGGUAAGCUGGCCUAUAAUGUCCAGAAGCUCCUCCACAAAUACCUGGGCCUGAAGAAGCCAGUGGCUGAGCUGAAGGCUGCCUCUGCGUUGGAGCGUCUAAUUGUCCUCUGUGACUCAAACAUCACUGUUGUGGACAUGGUUACUCUGGAGCCUGUGCCCACUGGGGGCACAAAGCUCAAAGGUGUGACUGCGUUCUGUAUCAAUGAGAAUCCAGUGACCGGGGACGCAUUCUGUGUGGAAAUGGCAGUGGUUUUGGCACGCAGACGGGCCGUCCAGAUCUGUACGGUCCAUGAGGACAGAGUGCAGAUGUUAAAGGAAGUGACCACACCAGAGCAGCCCUGUGCACCCAGCACGGACACAAAAAAUAUCUAUCUAUCUCCACCCACUAAAUAAAUCACAACCAACAACAGCACGGGAGCCUCUCAGGACCUGUUCCCUUAUGACUGUGAAGAAAGGAAACCCAUUGUGAAGAGGAUUGGCUGGGAAGAGUUUCUCCUGGCUGGUCCAGGCGGGCUUGGGAUGUUUGCAAACGCGGAGGGCAUAUCUCAGCGUGCUCCGGUGAGCUGGUCAGAGAGCGUGAUUGCCGCGACUGUGUGUUUCCCGUAUGUGGUUGCUCUGGAUGAAGGCUUUGUGACAGUUCACAGCAUGUUGGACCAGCAGCUCAAACAGACACUGUCGUUCAGAGAUGGACACCUUUUACAGGAUUUUGAAGGUAAGGUGGUCUUAGCCUCUUCAAAAGCGGUCUAUAUACUGGUUCCUCUCCCUCUGGAGCGUCAGAUCCAAGACCUUUUGGAAGGCCAUCGAGUCGAAGAGGCCCUGACUCUUACCGAGGCGGCACAGAGAAACAUUCCCAAAGAAAAAUAUCAGAUAUUGCACAAAAGAAUUCUCCAACAAGCAGGAUUCAUCCAAUUUGGCCAGCUUCAGUUUUUAGAAGCAAAAGAGCAUUUUAGGAAAGGACAGUUGGAUGUGCGGGAGCUGAUCUCUCUUUAUCCACUGCUCCUUCCCGCCUCUUCCUCUUUCACGCGUUGCCAUCCACCACUUCAUGAAUUUGCUGACUUGAACCACCUGACGCAAGGAGACCAGGAGAAAGUACAGCGCUUCAAACAUUUCCUCAUUAGCUACCUGCACGAGGUGCGUAGCAGCGACAGCGCUAAUGGUUUCCGUGAAGAUGUAGAUACUGCACUGCUGAAGCUCUAUGCAGAGACUGGCCACGAGAGUCUCCUCGACUUGCUGGCUUCCGAUAAUGCCUGUGUCCUGGCAGACAGUGCUCCCUGGCUGGAGAAGCAUCACAAGUAUUUUGCUCUUGGGCUUCUGUAUCACUACAAUGCUCAAGAUUCUGCUGCUUUACAGAUGUGGGUAAAGAUUGUCAAUGGUGAUCUUCAGGACUCAACGCGACCAGAUCUGUUUGAAUAUGUUGUGGAUUUUCUUAGUUUUUGCUCCAACCUUGAUCUUGUAUGGCGGCAUGCAGACUGGGCACUACAGAAGGAUCAGAAGGUUGGUGUGCAGAUCUUCACCAAACGGUUUACCUCGGAGGAGAAGACGGGCCAGUUAAACCCAGAUGACGUGAUCACGUAUUUGCAGAAGCACAGUCAAGCCCUUCUGCUCUACCUGGAACACCUUGUUCUAGAGAAGAGACUUCAGAAAGAGAAGUGUCACACACAUCUAGCUGUGCUGUAUGCAGACAGAGUGCUGGGCCUGAUCUCACGACCAUCAGCCACUGAUGACCAGCUGUCUGCUGCCCGCCAGAAACUACAACAGUUACUGAAAGAGUCUAAUCUGUACAGGGUCCAGUUACUACUAGGUAAAGUUCAGGACUCCGAGCUGCUGCUGCUUGAGCGAGCUACACUACAUGGGAAGUUAGAGGAACAUGACAAGGCCUUGCACAUUCUAGUGCACCAGCUCAAAGACUCGGCUGCAGCUGAGGAAUACUGCUCUUGGGCCUCUGCGUCUCAUGACCAGUUCUACCGUCAGAACCUUUUCCAUCAACUUUUGAGUGUUUACUUGGACCCGGAUGUACCAGGAGGGGUACAAACAGUAGCUGCCGUUGACUUGCUUAACCGGAACGCUGACGUUUUUGAUGCAGUGCAUGUGUUAAAGAUCCUCCCAGAGGAGUGGUCUCUACCUUUACUCCGUCCUUUUCUUUGCGGGGCGCUGAGGGCCAGCGUGCAUGCACGGUGCACUUCCCAGGUUGCAGUGGGGCUGGCCAGAGCACAAAAUCUCCAGCUUCAGCAUGAUAGGCUGAAGUAUCGAGGCGGCCCAAUAUUAGUGUCUGAAAAGAAAGGAUGCCAGCUGUGCCACAAUACCUUUAGUGAGCCAGACUGCGCCUGCUUGCCUGGCGGAACGCCUGUCCACAUCCACUGUGUCGCCAAGAAAACCCUGAACUUACCAGUAGAGCGACAACAGGAAAACACCCACCACAGCAACCACACAUGAAGCUGAUGAGUACCAUGGGGCAGUGGACACAUGCUGGCAUCGUACCUGUACCGCACACACAGGGAGAAGGCUGAGUGCAUAGAACAGCCAUUCA